ACUGGUUCUUUUUCUUCUCCGCUGUCUUUCUCAACUGCACCUUCUCGGCUUCUCCAUCGCCGCCGGUGAUCGACUUCGCUCGCGAUAUUCUCCGAUUCUCGGCUAAAUAUCUCCGACAAGGAGUAUUUCAGUAGAAAGUUAUAAGAAAUGGCAUCAAGGUUCCAAGCAUUCUUGAACAGUCCGGUUGGCCCUAAAACAACUCAUUUUUGGGGCCCUGUUGCAAACUGGGGUUUUGUUGCUGCUGGUUUGGCGGACAUGAACAAGCCACCUGAAAUGAUUUCUGGAAACAUGACUUCGGCAAUGUGUGUUUACUCGGCAUUGUUCAUGAGAUUUGCAUGGAUGGUACAACCGCGCAACUAUUUGCUUCUCGCUUGCCAUGCUUCCAACGAGACUGUACAGCUCUAUCAGCUCUCUCGUUGGGCCAGAGGCCAAGGGUACUUGUCUCCCCAGAAGGAGGAGGAGCUGGAAGAGAAGCCCUCCCAAUAAGUUUUACCCAUCAUUGUCAUGUCAUUGCACUUGCAUGUUUUGUCCCCAGAAGCUCGGUUGCUGUACUUUAUCAAUUCUCUCCUACUGCCCUCGAGAGCACUUCACGUCUCCACUUCAUUAGCUGUCGUUUAUAACGUCUACUGCGGUUGCGUUUAGCUGUUGCGACUGUGUAAUGUCAAUGGUGGUGAUUGCGUUUGGCGAAUUGUAAUGAAGGAUUCAUCUAUCAAGCCAAUUUCUGAGUCUC